AUGGCGCAAUCCCCGCCAAUAUAUGAGGGCUCACGCAAAGUGGGCCCAAACCUGUUUCAGGAAUUAAGUUCCGACACCGAUGACUGCUCAUCCAUGGAUGAAAAUGGGUUCAAGAAACCUAGAAGCGAGAGGAAGAAGGAGAAAUCCAAAAAGAAGAAAGAGGAGAAAUCGAAGAACGACGCAGAAGCGAAGAAGGACGGAGAAAAUCCAAUAGCAGAGCCCAUGGAUGAUGAGGCAGAGCAGGCAGUCAGAGGCACCACCAAACGAGCGAAACCGAAAGAGAGUGAAGCCGACGAAAACAAGAAAGAGAAGGUACUCAAGACGAAUGAGCAAGAAGAGAUGAGGAAAAUGCUAGAGGCGAUGACGGCAGAGAGAGACCAACAAAGAGCCGAAAACGAGAAACUAAGGAUCGUAAUCCAAGAACAAAAGGAAGAGAUGAAGCAAAUAGUUUGUAAUGAAUUUUUAGACCAGCAUCCAGAACUGGAUUUUUUCGAUGCGAGUUGUAAAGAUAUUCAGAAACUUCUGGUGGGCUGGGAUAAUUUUCAGAUGCAAUUAGAAGUUAUAUAA